UCGCAAGUACAGCCAAUAUGGCGGUAUUUUUGAGGUUUCUAUCGUUAAGUUAAAAACCGACGUAAACUAAUCUAUGUCAUAUGCCGUAGAAAAACCCUCAUCCUAAGUAAGUUUAUGGCAACAUGGCUGCAAAACAAGACCAAGAUAUCGCUGAGAAACUCCAGGCAUGGGCUGUCCAAGAAAUGUUGUUCACUCCUCAGGGAAUCCAUGCCAAAAGUCCAAUACCCAAGGUGGAACAUUAUAAAGAGAUAUGCAAGGGUCCCCAAAAAGACAUAUGGAAAUUUAUAAUCGAAAAUGUUCACUCAGCUCAAACUGUUAGAAAAGUGAAAGGCAACCUUGCACUAAAGGGAGCAAAAACAAAAUCAUAUAAAGUCAAAUACAAAUCUGAUGACAAACUGGAUGAAAGGAGACAGAACCUCCUGGACAAAAGAGCUCAGUUGACAGGGGAGGUCACUGCAGCUUUGAAAGACAUCUCACAUCUUGAAAAUGACCUUGGUAGACUGGAACAGGAAAUGCUAGAUACUGACAAGGAUUGUCAGGUGAAAACAGCCUCUGUCUCUAACACUAGGAGGAGGUGUGCUCUGUUAAAGACCUACUCAGCCCAGUGUGACCUGAUGGCGAGGGAGUUUGAGGAGUACGCCUCUCAGAUGACCAAAAAGAUGACUGUCAUCACGAAACGGGCCAAAAAAUCAACAGAAAAUGAGGAGUUUUAUUCUCGCAAGAAGAGUUCCACCGAUGACGAUCAAGGAGGUGUGAAUGCAGGGUUAGAGAGUAAAUGUAGUAGGGAUGUCAGGAAAACCUGUGAGUACGUAGGGAAGUUUUUGCUUGGGGCCUUACAAGGAGAGUUUGGAACAGAUAAAAAUGUCUUCCAACAAAAGAAACAGUUGCUAUGGAAAUAUAUGGAAGAAACAUUUUCUGACCACUCAGUACAGCAGAUAUAUAAUUCAUUGGUAACCAAUACCCAGAAUGCAGCAUUUGACAUGAGAGAUCAGACCUCAAAAGUAGAUAUCAGGAAAGAUGCUGAAAAACUAAGGUUUAAAUAUGAGAACUCUGGAGAGUUGACAGACCUGUCCAGUUCUCCAUCCUUGUUACAGAGUGUUCAUCAGUUACUAGAGGAAAACAGGAUGUCUCAAGUAAGGAGAUUCAUUGAAACAGAGAAAUAUUUAAACAGUGCUUGGAGGAAUAAUCAACUGCUGGAAGAAUUGAACACCAAAAUAGAUGGUCAUUUGAAAAAACUGUUCCGUAACUCCAGAGAUCUAAACCUUGCUAGGAGUCUUGUAGAUUUAGAGGUGGAGUUAGCAGCAAAAAGGGCGGAGCUGCAAUGUCUUUCACAAGAAGCCAAUCUGUUACGUGAAAAUAUCGCUGAUGCUCUACGAGAGAAGGAAAUUCUGUUUGUCAAGUAUCAGAAAAUACAGGACUUCAAGGAAAUAGCAAACAAGAAACAGGAAUUGAUCCAAGUCAUUGUAAGACAGCAUAUGAAUGCCAGAUCUCGACUGGAAUCUCAAAGAGAAGAGAUAUUUCGAUACAUAAAGAAGUCAUCAGAGAGUCAUCACAUGGAGGCCCGACUACUGAAGGAGGACCUUCAUGGAUUUGUGAACAAAGAAGUGGACAAGUUUGCCUCUCUAGACCUCCCUCAGCUCCUGUUCUGUGAUUCCUCUGACAGGGCUCUUAAAGUAGCUGUCACAGACAUGUCUAUACACCAAACAGGUGCCCUGACUGCACGGGAGGCCAUGAACCAAGUUCUUCAUCGUCUCGACUUCAAAGCUUUUCAGGCCCCAGAGCUGCUAGUGUGGAGCUGUAUAGAAUUAAAAAGAAAAAUCCAAAAACUGCAGAAAUUGUCUGCCCCACUGAAAAUACAUGACCAGGAUGGAGAGAGCAUAAAACAGAUUGCAGGACUGUGUGAGAGAGUUAAGGAUCAAGACAAGGCUCUGUUGGAGAGGACUCUACCAGUGUUACAGCAGAGGCUACACAAAACAGGGGCCGCCCUAACGGACUGUAGUAUGGUGUCAGAGAGGAUUCAGGAAUGGUGGGAACAACCAGCCCAGCAUACUGUGCCCUGGGUCAAAGUGGACCAGAACACCCUCCAACAGUGGCACACCAGGUGGACCGUCCUGUCUACUAAAUACAGGCAGCUCCUGCUGCAGAAAUCAUAAACGAUUGUUGCAGCAUACAUGUACUCCCUAAAGAUUAGUACAGCAGACAUAGGCAUACACAUCUGUAUCAUGUCUAGUAGCUAUUGCCCUUGAAUUAUUAGGAAUUAAAAAGAUACAGGUGAUAAAUAAAUGUAUCAGUGUAUGUAUGUUUGUAGUUAUAUAUUAAAAUAUUUGUACAAAAGUAUUUAAGACCCCUAAGAACAUUUGAAGUUUAGGUUAACUUUUUAUAAUGUAAAACGAAUCAAUAUAAUAUAGAUUGCUACUUGCUAUGAACAGCAAAACUAUCUUAUUUAUUCAAUAAAAUGUUUUGACUGAAUUUGUGUAUUUAUCAGUUUGGCUUUUUAAAAAUACAUAAUUCUUUUAUGUAUGAGUACAAAGAGUUGCUUAUGUGACAGUGUGACAUGAUUAAGUUAAAAUUAGUCAGACCAUUUAUGAAUCAAGAUUUACCUUGUUUUAUAGAAUUGUUGAAACAGCAUUUUCCUGCUCUUGUUGGUAGAAAAUUUGCUUAUAAUAAAUGAAUUUUAAAUUUG